AUCCGCUUUUUUAACACGACAAAAGAUGGAUCUUGCACAGUAAUUUUUAAGCUUUUGACCUCACAACAAUUCAACAAAAUGGAUAAAAUUCCCCAAACUAUUUUACUUUUCUCACUUUACUUUGUCGUAGGAGAUUUCCCAAUUUGCUAUGGAUUUGCUCCAGGUGGAAGCAAACUUCUAGUUGGAGUGGGUUUCAUGAGAAACCCGUACGCACAGCAAGGAGAGUUCACAGAAAUCGACAACUACUUGCAGUCAAAACUGAAAAUGGAGAACUUCACCAAACUUCUGCUGGCAGAAAAUCCAGAUAAUUCAUUAACACUGGAAGAAUUGGAUACUUUGGAAAUUCCCAAUUUUUCCAAAGUUACCAUAAAGAACAAUUUCGUCAACUUGGCUGUGUCAUUUAAGAAAACCACCCUUUCGAACUUUGGAACAAAAGUGGGCCCAAGUUGCAUCCGUGUCAAUUUAAAGGAAAGUAAAAUUUCGGUGGGAUUUUCCGCUUGGAAUGUCAUCCUGUCAGGCGAUUAUACUGCAGAGGGAUCCCUGUUGAAUGGUAGCAUGCCACUUAAAUCCAACGGUAACUGGUCGACCCCGCUCGUGAUGGCGUGCACAUUCAAUUCCAACUUCCAUUAUGUCAACCAGUCCUAUAUCAUGCUUGACACGGAUGCAGACGCUAAUAUAAUCGACUUUCGGUGUGAUAAAGCUGGUGAUAUGUAUGGUAUGUCUGGUAACGUCGGGUGUGAUGCAAUUAGAGGGACAAAUUUUAACCCUUAUUACACAAAUGACGUCGGAAAACGAGGUUUUGAUGGUCUAUUUUCAAAUAUUGAGAAGACAAACAAUGUGACUGGAGUGAAACGUUAUGUGGAGAAGAUGUUGCGACAAGAAAUGCAACCCACGUACGCAGCAGGUGUAGCAGAUCGUGAUGGAGUCGUAAGGACAAAGUUUGUCCCGUUGUUUUACAAAUAUGUGACAAAUUUAGUGAAGGAAAAAUCAGUUUUUGAAAUGAUGAACUUUGACCCUGUGCGGCACUUUUUCUUUCCGAGACAAAAUACCAGAGAGAUGAGCCCAGGGGCUAUGUCAACUAUGGAUAAUUGAAAACAAGCAUAAUUCUUGUUGUUCUACCCAUAUUUAUACCGCUGAGUAUGCUAUAAUCUUUAAUGGCGAAAUUUUUCUCACAAUUAAAUAAAUAUUAUUCAGGAACACUUUCCCCUGAAAAGUAAGGUUGGUGGAUCUAUUCAACUUAUAAAUAAUUUUGUUAGAUGAGAGAAUAUUAUUCGGAAAAUUAUGUACUAUAAAAUUUAUCUUAAUUGAAAUCUUCAAGAUCCAAUCAUCAAUUUGACAAUUGUUCGAUAGUAAGCAAUCGAAAUUCGGUGUUAAAUUGUUUCCAUUACUUAAAACUCCAUUAAAAUGUAGAAUGUGGUUUGUUA